UCAUGAGCCACUUUCAGUGGAGGACAGUGGCGGUAAUAAACGACCGUUUAAGCCAGUCUGUGUUCGGGGCCCGUAGCACAGAAAUGUGCCGUGGUCCAGUGGAGAGACUGCAGGAUCUGGCGGCGGAGUUCAAUUUCCUUAUCGUCGAUACGGACUCCACACUGGGAUCGUUUCGGAAAGCGCUACAGGAAGCCCGCCAACAUAGCCGCGUGAUCCUCUGCUGUACACUGCAUACUGGGAUGCGCCGACUUCUGGCUGACGCGUAUGACCUCAAUAUGACAUCCGGAGAUCAUGUGUUCGUGUACUUGUACGAAUUCCAGAUCCCUCUGGAAUAUCCUUUAUCCUGGCAGCAUGACGAUGCUCUGGACGAGAAAGUCUGGUAUGGCAUUCAGAGCGUAAUCAGUAUCCGUUCAGCCGUGGUCGACUGGACGAAAUAUGAUGCCACGGCGGAAGCUAUUAAUGCUCGACGAAAAGAGAUUUUCGGUACACAACCGAAUCCGGAGAAUAAGUUCAAUGAAUUCGCUAUGAUCUGUUAUGAAGCGGCAGAAGUAUUAUCUUACGGUCUGAAUGCGACUCUUAAUUCCGACCAGACAAUACUGACUAAUGAUAACGGUAUGCUACACAUUGAGCGAAACCAGUUUACCAAGAGUAUCAUCGGGAAAACACUGCACCUGAGCUUUCGCGACGCGAGUUUUCUACCGUCCGGACAGCGCAGACCGGAAAUUGUCGUGCAGCAGUUCAAUGCGCUUGCCAAUGAUUUCGUUGACGUUUUCCACUAUGACUCCGUCUCGCAAAGUUUAAUUCCCGUUCCUGGUCGUUCCAUUGAGUGGCCCAACGGCAUCAAGCCGGUGGAUCGCCCGGUGUGUGGUAUGCGCGGUGAACUGUGCGGGACCAACUGGAAACCCGGCACUACUGUGGCCAUUGUCAUUGUGGCCGUUGUCGUCCUGGUCAUAACCUUUAUCUGCUGCCGUAUUCGAAGAGCCCGUCAUGCAACGAGAUGGUGGGAAAUCAAGGAGGGCGGUCCGAGUACCGACGGCUACAGUGUACUGCCGGUGAAAUCCACCAAUCUGUCGUCCUUGUCGGCUAAUCAAGACACUACAGCCAAACUUACACAACGUUUGUUUCUGGUGAAUGGCGUUAAAGCCUACAGAAGGACGCUGCUGUGGGAUCCACAAUGGCAGUGUUCGGCUGGCAAAAGGCUGAACCAGUAUUUACUCCAGUUGAAAAGACUAGAUCAUGAAAAUAUCAACGCUUUUGUUGGACUAUCAAUUGACAUCCGCCCGCCGACAAUCUAUUUCCAAUUCUGCUCCAAGGGAUCCGUAGAGAAUCUCAUGGAAAACGUUACCAUCGAUUACACUCUCAAAUUAUCCCUCAUCCAAAAUUUAAUUGCGGGAUUAUCUUACCUUCAUCUGUCGGCGAUUAAAUUACACGGCAACCUGCAGAGCAGCAAGUGCUUAGUCGAUCAUUACUUUACGCUGAAGAUCUCCGAUUAUGGGCAAGAAAAGCUGAGUGUGCUCUUGCGGAAGAAGCAGCUGCGGCAUUUGCGCUGGGAGUUGACGGUGAAGCGGCCUUUCUUCCCGGUCAACGUUUGGAUGGCGCCGGAAGUAAUGAGAGGCCACGCACCGAUGCCGGCUUGUGAUGUUUAUGCUGCGGGAAUUGUUUGCCAUCAGAUUGUUAUGGAAUGUAGCGCGUUUGGGUUGGACUGCUAUGGAACACGAUGGGAGUCUUUGAUGGAUAUUAAAGCACUGACCAUCAAUGAAGUUAUAAAGAGAAUACGCACCGGACAAGUUCCGCCAUUUCGUCCCUCGUUUCCCGAAGAGUUUCGAGAAGGAAACUGGAAACUUUUGAUGGAUUUAAUUGUCCGGUGUUGGACCGAAACACCGGAUACCCGGCCUAACAGUGCCGAUCUCAACAAAGAACUGGCCAAAUUAUGCAGCGCAUUCGAUGGGUUUUCGGGCCCAUUACUGGAUCGCAUACUGCGGCGGCUAGAAAAUUACUCCACCGCGCUAGAGCGAAAGGUCGCUGAUAAAGUGUACCAAGUCCUUGAAGAACAAGAGCGCUGUGAUGAGUUGCUGAAGGAGAUGUUGCCCAGUCCUGUCGUACAGCAACUGCGGCAAGGUCGCGUGGUCGUGCCGGAAGUGGUGGAGGAGGCCACUGUGUUGUUCUGUGAUAUCGAAGGGUUUGCGGAGUUUGUGACGGUUUCGACAGCGGAAAAGGUCUUUCGGUUCCUGGAUGCGGUGUAUGUGCUGUUCGAUCGGGUGGUAACGACACGGUCAGUCUACAAGAUGGAGACCAUCAGCAGCUGCUAUAUUGUGGUUAGCGGAUUGGUGCUGCAGCUCGGAACCCAUCAUGCAGAAGAAGUGUGCCGUACCGCACUGGCUCUGCACCAGACUUUCCGGGAGAACUGCGCCAUCUACAAUAUGGAGUUUUCCGCUGGCAUCCACAGCGGUCCGGUUGCAGUUGGUGUCGUCGGCGCAAAACGUCCACGAUAUUGUUUAUUCGGCGACACGGUUAACGUUGCCUCCAGAAUGCAGGCCAGCAGUCAGCCGUCCUGCAUCCAUGUCAGCGGUAAAACCGCCAGCAUUACCAAUGCACCGGAAUGUGCCUUUGAGUUGCGGGGAACUAUGGAAAUCAAGGGUAAAGGGGAAAUGAUCACGUAUUGGCUCGUGCAAGCGGCUGGACAAUCUUGA